AUGAAUAUAUCUAGGAAUAAGCCAUCUUUGCUUUCAAAACCCUCCAUGAAUUACAGUUAUCAUUCAAACAAUACAAAAAAUAUUUUCGAUACAAGUGUUCCUCCAGAUCUACAUUAAAAAUUUGGUCCUCAAUUUAAUGAUAAAGGAUUAAUGAAACAUUCAAUCAUAGGAAAACCUGAAUGGUUUCUUAAAGUUGCUAAAUAAAGAGACACAUAAUUGAGGUUCAUAAAUGAUGAUGAUUCUUUACUUCAUUAACGAAAAGCAUUUCACAAAUAAAGAAGUAUGGAAAAUUAAUAAUUAAAAGCUAUUAAUUAAUAUGAUUCAAUAAGUAAUGUAUCAUCAUCCUUAAGAACGCGUAAAUUUUCUGAUCACAAAGAAAAAGCAUCAGAUAGCACUAAUACAUGCAACAUUAAUCCUAUUAAUUUUGAUGUUGUGGAAUAAUUUAAUCUUAUCCAAUAAAUGAAGAAAAUUGGAGAUUAAAUCAAAGUUAACACUAAAUAAUAAGAAUAAAUCAUCAAAAAUUUGAGUAUUUAAAAAAAGUUGUAAGAAAUGAAAAAUUAGAAAGCUAUGAAUCAAUAUCAAAAAUACAACACAUAAUGGUAAGAAUUUAACGAAAAGUUAAAAAUUAAAAUUGCAUAAAGAGCAAAAUAACCAACACUUCUUGAUUAAUAACAAUAUUACUCUACUAAAGUUGAAACUUUGAAUAUGCUAUAAUCUAUAUAAAAUCAAUUAACAGAUGAUGAAGAAGAAUAAAAGAAGAAACUCAAUCCUCUUGGAAAUCUAUUUAUGAAAUAGAGAAAAAUCUUAAAACUUAAAACAGAACCUCAAUCUAUUAAAAACAUGAUCCAUAAUUUAAUUGCUAGAGAUAAGUUGUUUUAUAUGCCAAAUUCUCAAAAGUUAAAAACAAGCAUAUUAAGCAAUGAACCUAUAGCACGAGAUAGAUGUAAGUCUGAAUUUGAUGAAUUGAAUGUGUCUGGAGCAAGUGUUUAUGAAAAAGAACUAUAAUCAAUCAAAUAGUUGCCAGAUAGACAAAAUUAACGAUACAAGUUAUUUAAACAUAAACUAAUUGAGAAAAGUUCUGAUGUAUGA